AUGUGCGAACAACAAUUAUCAACAGAAGAAAGUCUAUUAUAUUACGAUACCGAGCAUUCUGUAUCAAUAAAAGAACACCCUUCGUCCUCAUCAAGAAAAAAUGAGCAACAAACUAUUAGUGAAAAUAAUACAAACAAAAGUAUUUAUGAUAUAUAUUCACCUCGAAAACGUAAUAUUAUAUUAUUUGCUGUGUGUACAUUAGGUCUACUAUCACCACUUUGUGAUACAAUUUAUUUACCAGCACUACCAGUUGUUGAAAAGGAUCUGCACACAUCAUAUGCAUUAGUAUUACAAAGUGUAGCGAUUUAUUUAUUUUUUUGUGGUAUAUUUAGUUUAGUAUGGGGAUCAUUUUCUGACUAUUACGGUCGUAAAAUAUGUUUAAUUGUUUCAAGUAUAUUGUUUAUUACUACCAGUAUAAUUUGCAUUUUUACGCCAAAUAUUAUUUACUUGAUUAUAUUUCGAGCAUUGCAAGGCGCUUCUAUAACAGCCACAGAUGCGGUUGGUCUAGGUGUUAUAGCAGAUGUGUUCGCCCCAACACAACGUGGAUUUGCAACUGGUAUGUUUCUAAUACCAUUUAAUAUUGGUCCUAUCUUAGGACCCGUACUUGGUGGUAGUUUAUCGGAUUCGUUCGGUUGGAGAAGUACAUUCGUUUUUUUAGCACUUUAUGCUUUUUUGACAACAAUAAUGAUAUUAAUUCUUCUACCUGAAACGCAUCAAUAUUUCGUUUUACAACGUCAUCAGCAAGCACUAGGAAGCAUUACAAUAGAAGUCGAUCUGAUUCAUAAACCAGUAUUUGCAGCUCCAUGGAAACCAUUAUCAGUUUUAACUGAUUUAAGUAUUGCACCUUAUAUUUUGUUAAUGACAAUUGCAUUUACUACAUUUUUUAUGAGUCUGAUUGCACUUCCCGACCAGUUAUCCUCAAAGCCAUAUAAUCUUAAUGAAGCAAUCAUUGGCUUCUGUUAUAUUCCUAGCGGUAUAGGACUUCUCAUUGGUUCCGCUUUAGGUGGUUCAUUAGCUGAUAGAGCAGGUCGAUAUUAUUCGGGUAAGAUACCUGAAAGCCGCCUAAUACCAGCGUCGUUCGGUGCUUUCUUUGUACCAGUUGGUCUUUUAUUUUAUGGUUGCUCACUGCAUUUUAAACUAAAUUUAACUCUAGUAAUAAUAGCAACAUUUAUUGUGGCAUUUGGACAUUCUGUAUAUGAACCAGCUGGAUUUUCAUAUUUAACUAAUAAAAAGCAAGACGAAGCUGGAGCUAUUUCUGCAGUUGUUAUCUUUUUACCCUUUAUAUUUUCUGGUUUAGGUACUGUUGUUGCUGCUCCAAUAAUAAAAGCUGUUGGAAUUGGUCUAUUAUUUUCAAUACUUGCAGGAUUAAGUAUUAUUUCUAUUAUCAUUGCUAAUACGGUUGUUUUUGUUAAAGUUCAACAAAAGAAACACAGCGAAAAACGAUGA